GGCCACGCCGUGACGCCGCUCCGCUCGCCUGAACGACGCCCGCGCUUUCUUAAGCUCCACUGCAUCCAAGUUUAUGCUCUACUCUCGUAACCGGUUACAACUGUGAUCUUAAGUGACACGUAGGCUGCUUUUGUGAUUUAAUUGUGAUCAGUGGCCAGACUGCGUCUGGUAAAUGAGUGACAAAAUUAUGUGUUCUCGGAUUUGGCUCUCUAGAUGAUUGUGAUGCGAUGACCAUUAGGUCGAUUUGGAUGUAAAUUGGAUUUCUAUCUGUAACUUAUUCUUCAAAUUGAGCACACGGCGGGGGGAGAUGGCGUGUGUAGAAAGGACAAGAUAGGCUGCUGGCAACAUGGCCGUCGCCCGAGCGGUGCUAGUGCUGCUGGCGUCUACGGCACAGGCGUGGAUGCCCGAUGCCAACGCGCGCAUACAUAUCAAAUAUGGCGAUGAAACUUCAGAACAGUUCGUCGGCGAUGCGGCUGCGCCAGAUCAUUUCCGUGUUUUAGAUAAGGAUGACUUCUCCAUUAUGGUCGGUGGCAGAAACACUGUCUACAACCUCAGCCUUUACGACUUGUCGGAAAAUUUAGAUCAGCGCCUAGAAUGGAAUUCGACAGAUGCUCAUACGGAACUAUGUCAGUUGAAAGGAAAAUCGUUAGACGAAUGUCAAAACUACCCCCGUGUAGCAGCGAGGUCCCACGGGCGAUUGCUAGUCUGCGGCACCAAUGCGUUCAAACCGCUGUGCAGGCGAUACGCCCGGCACCCACCGACCCAACACCUAGAGGAGUUCGACGGCACCGGCCGCUGCCCCUACGAUCCGCAACACAAUUCGACCGCCAUAUUUGCCGACGGCCAAUUGUAUACGGCGACAGCGGCGGACUUCUCCGGAACGGACCCACUGAUCUACCGCGAGCCGGUGCGCACGGAGCGCUCCGACCUGCGCCUGCUCAAUGACCCCUCGUUCGUCGGCGCGGUCGCAUCCACUAGCCACGUCUACUUCUUUUAUCGCGAAACAGCCGUCGAAUACAUGAACUGCGGCAAGUCGGUGUAUUCGAGAGUAGCCAGAGUGUGUCUAAAAGAUAAAGGCGGGCCACACACAUUUAGUGACCGGUGGACUUCGUUUAUGAAGACCCGCUUAAACUGUUCAAUGUCUGGAGAAUAUCCAUUUUAUUUUGACGAAAUUCAGGCGACAACGGAAUUAAUCAACGGUAUUUAUGGAAGUGGCAGCAGCAGAAAUGAUAUCAUAUAUGCAGUAUUUACUACACCGCAAAAUGCUAUCGGAGGCUCAGCAGUGUGCGCCUUUGCUAUGAGAGAUAUUUUAGACGCAUUUGAGGGACCGUUCAAAGGCCAAGAAAGCAUGAACUCUAACUGGCUACCGUUAGAAAAGGAUAAAGUUCCUGAACCUAGGCCGGGGGCCUGCGUAGAAGACAGCCGCACACUAUCCGACUCGGGAGUCAACUUUAUUAAAACGCAUCCCCUGAUGGAUAAGUCAGUUUCGUCGUUCCUCCAGAGGCCAAUAUUGACAAGAGUUAGUUUACAAUAUAGAUUCUCUGCUAUCGCUGUACAUCCUCAAGUACAAGCCAUGAAUGGUAACAAAUACGACGUUAUGUACGUCGGAACGGACGACGGUAGAGUAAUAAAAGCAGUCAACGUUGCAGCGAACGAUGGUAUUUUCGAUUCGAGUACCGAUGAAUACAGUAGAAACCCCGUGAGGACGGCCGUGAUCUCCGAGGUACAGGUGCUUCCUCAAGGCGUCCCAAUCAAGCAGAUGCACGUGGCCCUCACUACGGAGAAACUAAUAAUAGCGUCAGGUGACAUCAUUAAAGCCGUCUCCUUGUCACACUGCGGCAACGUGCAAUCUUGCAGGGAAUGUGUGGCCCUGCAAGACCCUCACUGCGCAUGGGACUCGAAGCAACAACAAUGCGCUUGGGUCGGAAACAGACAAUUUCCGAACCCAGAGAGAUUCCUACAAAAUGUAGAGAACGGAAAGACUGAAAUAUGUAAUAAACUUCCCGCCCUUUUACCGGGCGACCGACAUAGUAAUAGAAAUCCGGGCACAAAAAAGCCCGUGAUAUCCGAACCCGACACACGAAAGACUGAUGACAUUCAAAAUGAAAUACUAAUAGAAGUUGUCGAAACAAAUGUUCUCUCCGAAGAGAAAACUAACAAACACGAAACAGAUUCGCUAACAGUCGCCGCCGCCGACGGCAACAUCUACAGCGCGCAGGCGCUCAUGACCGCCGUGGUGGCGUCCUGCCUGGUUACCCUUAUGGUGGGAUUCGUCAUCGGAUACCUUUUCUCUCGGCGAUUUCGACACCCAUUUUUUACCGAUACCUCACCGUUCAAUGAACAACACAAUCAUUUAAACAGGUUAAGCCCGCUAGAAACGCCAUUGAAUGCUAAUUCAGCGUACCUGCCGCCACGUUCCAAAAACGUGAACAUGGUGGCGAACGUGUGCCCGCUCGCGAAGCAGGACAACCUGCACCUCGAGCUGGGCAAGGAGCGCACCCUCGACCUCCGCAACUCCACGGAGUCCCUUGACAAGGAUCUCAAGUGCGGCACGCUACAGAAAGUUAAAAAGACUUACAUUUGAAACCUACCCAAGCAAACCUUUUACGGGUCCAUUACAAAGUGAUAAACAUUGCGUGCCAAGGCUUCCGACGAGUCGGAUCGGACUAGUGUUACAGUGAAUUGUGUGCAACUCUUGUAAAUAUUGUGAUGGAUAGUUGACGGACAACAAUAAAUACGUAUCACGGGGACGUUCAUGUGCGCCGAGAUUGAAGCAUUUUAUUUAUAGACUUAUGAGAUGUAAAAAUCGACUAGUUAAUAAAUGGUUGAAGAAUGAACGAGGUGUUUAACACUAAAACUGAAUUUGUUGUGGAAAAUACACACUGACUGUUAUAUUUAAAUAUAAACAAUUUACCGUGUUGUAUAGUAUUAUAUCGGUUUUAGUAUUGAAUAUCUAUUUAAAACAUUCCAUAGGUAGUAACAAUAGAAAUAAAAUGCAUUGAGCUAUGUAAAUAUGAUAUAAAAUGUGUAUAUAAUGCUGAAAUAGCUAGCAGGGAGAGCUAAUAUCAUACUCGUUAUUCAGGUCUGUGAAGUUAAUCAAUACAUACGUUGGAUCAUAGUAGAAAAAAUAUAUAGAAAAAUUAGAUUGUAAACGUUUUCUAUUACGUAGAUGCAGAGUAAUAUCAAGCUCAAGAAAAGUUACAUAUUACAAAUAUGUUCUUAUAUUGAAACAAAUCAUAUUAUAAAUUUCGUUAACUUUAAAAUUAUUAUAGCAUUAAAAUUGCUGUGCUAAGUGCAUAGUGCCUUGUAGGUUGCCAAUUUAGUGCCUAAAAUGUAUGAAAAUCGGGUAUAAAGAAAUAUAUAUCCUGGUGAUUAUAAUUCAAGCUGCAUCAAAUUACUUAAAUAUUAUUUCAACUAGUAACCUGUAUGUUUUUAUAGUUAUAAUAAUGUAAAUAUUAUUCAAUGGUAUUAGAAAUAUUAAUAUCAUAUGCUUCCCUGCAUGGUUACGUAAACAUUUACUCCUGUUUCAUAUAAAAUUAGCACUACAAUUACUUUGAUUAGCUUUCAUAAUCAUAUUGUGAGUGUGCUACUCAUAAUUUAUUUCAAUAACCAGAACUUGAGUGACCUAAAUCGUUAUAUUAAGGUAAAUUGGGCUGAAAUAACCACCAGAGAUCUAAAAAUUAGCAAGUUUUCCCACCGUGAAACAAAGUUUUAAGAUAAGGAGGUAAUCUGUUCGUGUACAUAUUAAUAUACUACUUGACUAGCAGUAGAAAAUAAUGCUAUUAUAUAGUAUCAUGACAUUUAAAUAAAUGUUAUUAUUAUAAUUUUAUUUUUAAAUAUUUACCUAUUUUCUACAUAAGUUUUCAAGCAAUUGUAAAAUUGUGAUGUUUGAACAACAGAAAUCAAGCAAUCCAGUAUACUCAAAAUCACUUUUGUUUUACAUAUUUUUUAUAUUGUAGUGAAUCAAUUAAAUAUUUAGCAAUUUUAUCAAUUUCCAAUAAUACUGGAGAAAUAAAAGUAUUAUUACAUUA